AUGGGUCGCUCGCGUGUGCUUUCUCUUAUGUCGGUUUUCGGGGGAUCGUCCCGUAAAGACAACCUCAGCCAGCAUCACCGGACAUCGUCGGCCUCGCUCACACUGAACAAUCCUCCGCGAAGAGUAGACACACCUUCUUCGGAUACCCCCUCGCCUCUCGAUGCUUCGCCGAUAAGCGGGACUCCACAUGUCGAACGACGGGUAACAUCGCGGCCGGAGUCGACGCUGUUCUCUCACAAUCCUCCGCUGCUGGAGUUCUCGCAGGAUACCCCUCCAGAGCUCCAACCAAUCUUUGGAUAUCUGAACAGCCAUGCCAACAAGCUAUACCACGAAGGAUAUUUCCUUAAGUUGAACGAUCUGGACAUUCAUGGCCGUCCCUGUGCUGAUCGCCAAUGGGUGGAAUGCUAUGCGCAGCUUGUCGGGACCGCUCUUUCGUUAUGGGAUGCCGCAGCGCUGGACGCCGCAGAAGAGUCGGAAGACGUCUGCCCUACUUUCAUUAACCUGGCUGAUGCUUCAAUAAAGAUGCUUGAGACUCUGCCAACGAGAAACCAAGGAGCGCAGUCCCUGAAGAACAUCUUGAGUAUAUGUUCCGCUGGUCAAAAUAGAUACCUUUUGCAUUUCAAUUCCUUCCACUCUCUGACGCAGUGGACCGCAGCCAUACGACUCGCUUUGUUCGAACACACGUCCUUAUAUGAGGCAUAUACGGGUUCGAUCAUUGCGGGCAAGGGUAAAGGUCUCAACAGUAUUAAAACCAUUCUGGAUCGCCACCGUUACAAACACGAGGAUUGGGCCCGCGUGAGAUUCGGGGCAGGCACGCCCUGGAGACGGUGCUGGUUUGUUAUCACGCCUCCGAAUGAGAAGGAAUUCCAGAAAGCGCAGAAGUCAAUAAAGAAGAAGUCGGCGUAUGAUCGAGCACCCAGACUGAUAACUGGCGACAUCAAAUUCUAUGAUACGAAGAAGACCAAGAAAGCGAGGCCUAUUGCGACCAUCACGGAUGCAUACGCCGCUUACGCCAUCUAUCCCCAGUCGAGGGCGUUGAUCGAACAGUCGACCCUGGUCAAGAUCGAAGGAAAGAUUACGGUUCACUCACAAACAGAGUCGACAACCGACGGGUUUGUCUUCGUCAUGCCCGAAGUUCAUCCAGCGGUUUCUGGGUUUGAGAUGAUGCUCCGAUUUCUCGUCCCUACAUUUGACACGUUCAACCUUUAUGGGCGGCCCACUCGCCUUAUUGCCGCCACCAACCAUAUCAAAAGCAUUAUGUUUGCCUUUCCGAACCAAAGGCGCUAUGGCUAUCUUGAUAUUUUGGAUAUCUCCAGUCUCAUGCAGACACCAGGAAGUCAGGAUUGGAGCGAGGCGGAAUGGAGACAGCAACUCAAGGAGGCUACAGCGCGUCGCAUGGCGGCUGCUGGAAGCAGGACGAGCAGCAUCUCUGCAAGUAAGCCACGCUUCAGGUCCACAAUGCCGAACAGACAAUCCAACGGCCGCACCAUGACGCAUCAACGCAACUGCACUUCCCCGGUGAACCGGCUAGAUUCUAACCAGUCCAACGAUGCUGUUGCGCCUGGUGCCCCCAGUGAUGUUUCCAUCUCUCCAAUUCAUCAUAGUAGAGGCUCUUCGGACACGGCUGGAUUUGCUUCCAUCAGAAGACAAGCGCAAGCCGCUGAAGCAUCCCCAGCAUCCUCCGAUCAGGAACUUGUGGCACGUGGCAGUGAGCGCCCUGGUACUAGCGGGGUAGACGACCACAGAAGCACCGGGAGCGACAGGCAUCAGCAACUCGACCCCGACGAUGAGCCGCUUGGACAUCACUUCCGUUCAACAUCCCCUCCAUCUCCUGUAGUCCUGCCACCGGCCUUCACACACGCACCGGGAGAAAUGCCCGCAAUGCGACCUCAGCCUUCACCGGAUUUGAGAAAAGCGACUAAUAGGAUGUCUGACGCCACUUUGACACAGCUUCUCGCUGCCUCUGGAAGCAUGAAUCUGCUUGGCGCUUCUUUCCCUUCGGGCAGCCAUGAAACGAUCAAGGAGUCCAACCAACCUAGUCCGCUAACUCCUAACACUAGCUCUGAUCAGCAGGGUGCGCCAUCGCUUUUAUCAGAUACAAGCGAGAAGAGAGCUACUCUCCAGGAACAAGGGCCACCGACGCCUGAAGAUCGUCCAAGUAACUUCGGCCCGCCGCUCACUUUGCCGAAGAGAGCAAGUCUUCGUUUAGAUACAACAAAGGCUGUAAAACGGAAGCCUCUGCCUACGCAUCAGAUCCGAGAAUCCGAUGCCGCAAGUGUUGCAGGAGAGCCUAGCUACGAGGACCUGCGCCAUACUGUUGAUGAAGAGGUCCUGAACUGGGUCGGCUCCCGCCAGUUCUCGCUCACUUCUCCUGAUAAAGAGAGCCACCAAGAUGAGGAAAGCAUAUAUGAUGACGCGUCUGCAACUUCUCCCGAUUAUGCCAGUACUCGGGGGUCUAUCUACAGCAAGCGCUCGGUUAGGUCAGUCACUAGGCCCAGAAUGGGAGUCAUGAAAACCGUGGGAUCUGGUCCCCCGAGACAAGACUUGGUCAUCGGUGAUGCACAUUACACCGUUGACGAACCCAAACUGGAACCCAGUGCCGAUAUCCCCAGCAUCGACUUUGGGCCGACCUUAACUUAUCUACCUACGACUGGGCGUCCCAGUACGGGCGAUACUCUGAAGAAAUCCACACACCAGAGGAGCGACUCAAACUCAACAGAAAAGCAGUUCUCUUAUCAGGCAGAACGACAGCAUUCAAGGUCUCCGAGUAAUAACAUGAUGUGGCAGCCGGGUAUGACUGCACCCCGUCCGACCACUCCAGGCAGGCUUACAGCGGAGCAAUUCGUGCAACAACGAUCAGCCCCAAGUCCCCCAAUCACCACCCAUAACCGAACUCUUUCCUCUACACCACCGCCCCCUCGCCCUGCUUCCGGGGACUGGACCAAUAAUUCUCGACCCCAAUCUCACUUGUCUGGCAAUCGAGAUGCACCGCCUCGCCCACGUUCCCGCGGGGCCAACAGCAUCAUGAACUACAAUGAACUGUCGUCUCAUCUUUCAGCUCGUGAACAGGAACACGUGGCUCGUAUGACUGGUGCGCCUCUACUCGACAUAUCCAAUGUCAACAAAGCCCAGCCGACCCCGGUUAACCCCAUGGGUCUGGUGGGAGCGAUUGAUGCUCGUGAGCGCGAGAAGAAAACCAUCCGUGAAGGCCUGUCCAACCAAAUGGUACAGCAUGCGAUCGUGCAACGCCAGCAAAAUUGGCAACAACAGCAGAUGGCUUCCAACGCUUCCGCGGCUGCCUACAAUCCGGGCAGUCACUAUAGUCUAUACAAUAUGCCCACGGCGAGCCGCACGUGGGAUGCCCUCAACCAGCCAUACCGGCCAGAUGAACCCCGGCGCCAGUCUUGGUACGGACAAUUCGCAUCACAGCAGGCGCAAACUCCUCCAAUCUACCAGCAAAACCCGCCUUAUGGCCAACAUCCAGGCUACUCUGGUAAUGCCAGCACCCUGCAUUACUAA